CUCUUGGAGAAGUCGCGACAAACUGAGUUGUUUCUUUGUGUUUGGUAUUGGUGUAAGACACAAUUUAAAAUUUAAGGUAGUUUUAAGAAGGAAUUUUUAAACUAUUUGUGAGUACUGAUUCCUUGGCUGACACUUAGUGCCUUGCUGUUAUUAUUUUACAGAUAUGCUAUGAACAAAGCUUAUGAAAGAAUAGCUCUCAAACCUAAAAUCUCCAGAAGCUUUGACGGUGGAAAAGUGUGUGAAAAUAUCAAAGGCGACGAAAUGAGUGAAGCGAACCGAAAGAACCCCCGGCCCAUCCACCGUCUAAAUCAGUUCAUUUACGCUAGAAAUUCCGGCGCACCAGGGACGAGAGGGUUAAAAAACAGCUUGACCAUGGCAGGAGGCGGAUCAUCGAACUCUGGCCCUAAAACCCCUGAGAGCCUUUUGUCACGACCCCUUUAUGGGUCAUACGCCCAAAAACAAGCAACUGAAAAUCGCCCACAAAUUACAAAUAUGACAUCAGGUGGACUUAUGAAUGCGAUAAAGUCAGCACCAAGGGACCAAACUUUUUAUCAAGCCAAGAGAACCGCACUGAACCGAGGCUCACCUGUGAAGUCGAGAAUUCAACCUCCAAAUUAUUCUUUCAGAGAGCAGCAUUCAAACUGCUCGGAGCCGAAUCCAUCGUUCUCGAUCGACAACCAGAGAAAGUCUAGCGAGGCUAAUCAGACACCUGGGAGGGCAUUCGGCGGUUCACCGAUGGGUCCGACAUCUUCGAUGCCAUGCGCUGAGUCGGAUGAGAGGCAUCCUGGGAACGGCGGUUACCGAGAAUACGAAGAGGGAGCUUGGUUGCGGAACUCAAAUUCUUCGAUAUCCUCUUUCGGAAGUGCAGCUGGGAAGGAGAAACAAUAUUACGACUCGCCGCUCCGCAGGCGACCCAUCAAGGAUUGCGCAGACGGGGAUCACCUCCAAGAGAGAAACGCCUCGACGAAAGAGGCAACUUCAGCGUUGGAAAGUCGUACACGAUUCCAAAAUUUAAAAAUCAUCGUUGUGGUUGCUUACGAAUUAGCGAAGACGGUCGCAUUUUUCAUGUUAGUUACAGCUGUACUUUGGAGCGGCUCUGCAAUAAUGUUUGAUGUUGUGCCGUUCCCGGCAACUUUAAGAAACUCACUCAAAGAAAUGAUAAGUUAUAAGAAACCAGAACCCAGACAUCCCAUGCUCUAUUUUACGGGCAAACUUUUCCGAAUUUUAAGAAAAAUACCAGGCUUCUGUGAAGCAGUGUAGUGUAUAAGUUUAAAGGUUUUAGUCGAGGAAUUCGUAAAUUGUGGCUAUUCACGUCUUGCUAUUAUUAUUGUUGUUAAUAGAAUGUCCAUGAAAUUCGUAACUUGUUUCAUGUUGGGCACUAUAUCUGCCCACCUUUCAAAAAUUAAUACCUACAACAAUAUGUCAAUGCGUAAGAACACUCAUAUGUAAACAAAAUACAUGCUUUCAGUUUUAAAAGAUGAUUUUUUUCCUGUGUAAUAAAAGAUAAUUAGUUCCGAUUUCUCUACUGAGAGUUCUCAAUUUGAUUUGAACAAUUCAAUAAAAACAUUUAGAAGCAAA